UGUGUGUACACACACACAACCCUGACUCCCCUCAACACACACACAACACAACGAGGAGUACCAUUCUGUCCUCAGUGAGCCCACCAAGUCUCUUCUCUUCAGAUCAGACAUAGAGAUCAGGACAUAUCUCCUUCGGGACCUCUUUGAUUCUAUUUGGAACACUUGGACCAGAUUCUUCUUCAGACUGGACUUGACAUCCAGACGCAGUCUAGAGUUUGGGACUACAGAUACAUGCUCUGUUCUGUUGGAUUGGAAUUGGACCUGAUUGCUUUCUCAGACGUACAGUAUCUAUGGUCUGGAGUGGACAUAUACACUUCUGUCCUCUUGGAUUCUAUUGGAUUUGCAGACUCCCUCUUUAGGAGAAAGAAUAUUUAUUGGAUUCUGCUCUAACCCACUAGACUAGACCUGGGACUAAUCUUCCAAGAAGACUUACUCCCUUUGUGCUUUUGGAUUCUGUUGGAGAAGAUAUACUUCUUGGACUGUCUCUAACCAUAUUAUCCGGCUCUGAAUGCUGAAGCUAGUCGCUGACUCCCGGAAGGGAGGAGGUGGAGGAGGGAUUGGAGGGUGUGAGAUGCUUCCCUCACGCCCAAGUCUGUCUGUCUCCCUGCGGGUGAUUAUAUACGGGACAUGUGCCUUGGCACUGGUCAACACUGUGGCUCUCCUGGUGCUCCUAGUGCAACAGAACCAGCUGUGGAGCCGUGUGGAGCUCACCGAGGCCAGGCUGGAGGAGGUGGAACAGAGCUCCGUGGUGGAGUUCCUCCAGGAGGUGCCCCGAGGAGGUGUAGCAGCAGGAGGCGCAGGGAGGCUGGCGGAGCUAAGAGGAGGCCCAGGGUGGCUGGCAGGGCUGCGUGGAGGAGGUGCAGGAGGAGGUGAAAGGGGUCUGGGGAAGGAGCAGAGGGAGCAGGGGGAGUACCAGUACUCCCGUAACAAGAGGAGUCGUGAGCUGGAGAGGGAGCUACGACAGGAGUUAAAGGAGGAGCUGAGGCUAGAGCUGAGGGAGCUGAACCAUCAGGAGAGCCAGGAACUCCUGCAGGAGGUGACCCAGGGGCUACAUCAGGGGCAGGAGGUGACCCAGGGGCUACAUCGGGGGCAGGAGGUGACCCAGGGGCUACAUCAGGGGCAGGAGGUGACCCAGGGGCUACAUCAGGGGCAGGAAACGGGGCGAGGUGGGCUGAACACAGGAGAGGAGGUACACCCUGAGUUGAGAGAGGAGUUACACCACACGUUGAGGGAAAAGAUGGACAAGGAGAUGGACAAGGAGAUGGACAAGGAGAUGGACAAGGAGAUGGGGAAGGAGAUGGGGAAGGAGAUGGGGAAGAAGAUGAGACAUGAGCUGAACCACAAACACAGGAAGACAAAGGGCUUCCAGAAGACUGAGAUACAGGACGACAUGAUGAUGAUGAUGACCUAUUCUAUGGUGCCGGUCAAAGUGCUGUUGGAUAUCUGUAACAGCACCAAGGGAGUCUGCAUAGCUGGACCACCCGGACCUCCUGGACCCCCUGGGCUACCUGGCCUGCAUGGUCUGCCUGGGCACAAUGGCACUGAUGGCAUCCCAGGACUAGAUGGACUGCCUGGGGCUGAUGGAAAACGAGGGAAGAGAGGUGAGAAAGGUGAGCCAGGGGAGAAAGGAGACAGAGGAGAACCUGGACCCGCAGGGGAAAAUUCACAAUCGUCCAACGAUGUCAUCUUGGAGGGCCCCCCAGGUCCGGCUGGUCCUCCUGGUACUCCAGGCCCCAUUGGCCCCCCUGGACCUCCUGGCCCACAAGGACCCCAGGGGCCCCCCAGAAACAGGAGUCACCGGGCCAAUCUUCCCAUCCACGCUGCCCAGACCCUGGAUCCAUCACAUGCUGUACCAAACGAUGGGACUCUGUCUGCCAAAGAGGCUGGGAAGUUACAAGAGAUACCACUAAAUAAGAAAAAUGAGUGCAUCAUCAAGUCACUGAUCAACCCCCGUAACAUAUCAAAGAUGGAGAGUACGUUCGGAACGUGGAUGGAAGACACGGCUGUGCUGAACGACAAACGCAUCUGGGUGGCCGAACAUUUCUCUGGUCGCACGGUGAAGGAGUAUAAGAGCAUCGCCUCAUUCCAGAAUGCCACCAGUGAGGUCAUCGAUGGCAGGAAGUUCUACCAGGGGUGUGGCCAUGCCGUUCAUAACGGAUCCUUCUACUAUCACAUCGCUGGAACCACCAACCUGGCCAGGUUCGACCUGCAGUCCAAGCGUCUCCACACCCUGACCAUCGACAAUGCUCUGUACCACAACCUGUCCUAUCUGCUCUACAACUCAAAGACCUACUUCAAGCUGGCGGCGGAUGAGAACGGCCUGUGGCUCAUCUUUGCCUCCAGUCUGGACGACAGCAUUAUGGUGGCCCAGCUGGACCUGAAGAGCUUCUCUGUCACAUCGUACAUCAACACCACCUACCCCAGGACCAAGGCCGGCAACGCCUUCGUGGCCUGUGGCGUACUGUACGUCACCGACACCAAGGACACCCGUGUGACCUUCGCCUUCGACCUCCUGAAGGGAAAACCGGUCAACGUGACCUUUGAACUGAGGUCCCCUGGCGGGGUGCUGGCCAUGCUGUCCUAUAGCCCCAAUAACAGACACCUGUAUGUGUGGGAUCAGAGCUACGUGAAGCUGUAUGUGGUGCACUUCAUCUCUGAUGACUGAGACCGUGUUUUGACGGUAUUCUGAGGGUGUUUUGAUGUUGUUGUUUUUUUUACAGUAUUCUGACAUUGUUUUGACAGUGUUCAGAUGGUAUUGUAAUUGUAUUCUGAUUACAGAUGGCCAGCCUUUUAAAGUGCUUAAUUAAAGCUGAACAGCAAUGGUGAAUAUUAUGGCUGUUUUUUAUUUAUAAUAUGUACGUGUUGUCUUUAGUUUUAUGCCAUCUCAACAAGGACUCUUUUCUAAUGGCCUUCUGGGACUGCUGGCUGGGAUAAAGAACCUUUAUGUGACUGCUGUUCAAAUAUUUGUUUCAAUUGGAUUACAGCUUCCAAAGAUGCACAUACUGUACCUUUUCCAAUGUAGAGUUGAACUGAAUAAGGGCUUAUCAGAGUAGGAAGUAGAUCAUUAUAAUAGAAUUGUUAUAGUCUAUAUUGUAUUGUGGCGAUGGUUUAAACAGUAAAAUAAUUGCUGUACUGUUUUCCAUGUUUUUCCAUUUGAGAUCGUGGAAUUCUCUUUUUGUAAGGAUACUUAUUAACCACUUGACUUGUUAUAUUGUUUUUAUGUCUCUCACUUGUAUAUUAUAUUUAUUUGGUAAAUGUAACUCUUUUUUAAGGUCUACCCUGGAAACAUGGCUUUUUGUGGAGUUAAUACUAUUUAUAGCUGUAAAGUCCUUACUAGACUUUCCCUGUGACUGCAUGACAAAAUAUGUAUCAGAAAUGUGUUUCCAUAUUUACUUGGAUCCUACCAUGACCAGCAUCCCUUUGAGAGCAAAAUGCUUUAAAAAGACCUAUAUUGGAAAUGUGUACAUAUGUUUAUUCCCGACAAUGAUAUUUGCUGCUGCAUGGUCUCUACUGAUUAUCAUGUCUAGAGAGAGAAAAUACAGAAACAAACAUUAAAUCAACCUGAUGAAAUAAAAAUCAUUUAUUCAACUUACAAAGGUAGAACUUUGACCACGGUAGGACAGCCUGCUCUAUAUGGGGCGGCAGUGUAGCCUAGUGGUUAGAGCGCUGGACUAGUAACCGGAAGGUUGCGAGUUCAAACCCCCGAGCUGACAAGGUACAAAUCUGUCGUUCUGCCCCUGAACAGGCAGUUAACCCACUGUUCCCAGGCCGUCAUUGAAAAUAAGAAUAUGUUCUUAACUGACUUGCCUAGUAAAAUAAAGGUAAAAAAAAAAAAAAAUUCCUGUCUCUCUCUGGACUCUCUCUAGUUAUCUAGU